AUGAGUAUACACGAUGAUUUCACAUAUUCGAUAGAUCCUGAAAACAUCUUAGUGAACUAUACCAGCUUCGAAGGGCCAGUAACGGCCACUCUUGGUAGUUUUGAUGAGUACAUGAAAACAGUGGUGGUUCUGGGUAUAAUUUUUGGUACACGGAUCGGCUUAUCUGUGGUAUCUUUCCCUGUUAUAUUUAUGAUUACCAAAAAUAAAAAAUCACCUAUUUUUGUGCUGAAUAUGACCUGCUUGGGAUUGCUUUUCUUACAAUCAUGCCUUUAUGCCGUCACGUUGACCCGAACGUACAAUACUAUUUCAUAUAGAUUUUCACAUUCCGGUGAAAUCAAUUAUGCAGCAAGCACGUUAUCCGUUGUCUCCAACCUUUUUUACAUUCUUUUGAUUACAUUUGUGGAGAUUUCCUUCUGCUACCAGGUUUACAUCAUUUUUUCAUCUCCACAAAAAAACCUAAAGAGAUUGAGUUACCUAGCAACAGCUUUUUCCGCUGCUCUGGGCAUGGCAUCCAUUGCUCUUUAUUUUACUUUCAUGGUUUACUCCAACCUUGCAUUUUUCGACAAUAAUGUGAGUGUCCCAUCGUACCUAUCAAACACGCCACUGAUUUUGUUUGUAACGUCUUCUUGUGCAGUAUGUUUACUGUUGCUACUAAAACUAGCUUUUGCUAUUAGAACCAGACGUUAUCUUGGGUUAAAACAGUUUAAUUUGUUCCAUAUUUUAUUUAUUAUGGCAUUUCAGACAAUGGUCAUCCCGACAAUUUUAAUCUUGAUCUCCUUCAAUGCUUUUUCUGAUUCGGAUCAGUACUCUUCUCAAACGUUUUCAGCGCUAGGGACUGCACUGAUUACUAUUUCUUUGCCAUUGACCACAAUGUGGGCAAACUCAUCAGUAUCCAGUUCAAGCCCUACUUCAAGUUAUAAUGUCGGCUCUCCCGGCAGUUUUUCUUCUAGUGACGACAACAAAACUGAUAUCGAAUCACCAAAUAGCUACUACGGUAAAAUUUCGGAUGAUAUAGAGAGAAGUGACUCUAUGUAUGAAAAUGAAAAUCAUUCAACGGUUGACAAUACAAUGAGUCUUGUCAGUCCAGCAACUCAAAACGAUCGUGAGUUUUGGAAAGAAGUUGAAUUAUACACAAAAGACCUGGGUAAAGCCAAUGAGAAAGAUGGCAUUGAGCAGAGACUAUUAUCGGAAGUUCAACUUGAAUCUAAAUCCUAG